AUGGAUUCCAAGUACUCCAUCUUCUCUUUGCUCUUACUUUCUUUCUUCCUUCUCUUCUCCAAUGAUGCAAAUGCUUUCAACAUCACAAGGCUCCUUGGCCAAUUCCCAGAGUUCAGUACCUUCAAUCAACUUCUAACACAAACCCAUCUUGCCCAUGAGAUUAACAGUCGAUCAACCAUCACUGUUCUUGCAGUUGAUGAUGGUGCAAUCUCUGGAAUAGCGGCGAAACCAGCAGAUGUUUUGAAGAGAAUCCUGAGCCUUCAUGUUGUUCUUGAUUACUAUGAUCCUCAGAAACUUCACAAGCUCUCAAAGAAAUCAGCUCUUCUCACCACUUUAUUUCAAUCCACUGGUGAAGCCAUUGGCAGGCUUGGAUUCGUGAAUGUUACUGUCUUUCCGGACGGCCAUAUAGCUUUCGGCUCCGCCGUGAGGGGUUCAUCAAUUGAUUCCCGAUUUGUCCAAUUAGUAGCUUCUAAGCCUUACAACAUUUCAGUAUUACAGAUCGGAGCACCUAUUGAUCCUGAGAGUAUUGAGACUUUACAGCUUCCUAAUAAAACAGCUACUCUUUCACCGUCUGCUUCUCCGGCCGGUGCACCGAAGUCGGCAAAGUCGAAGAGCCCGUCUAAGGCCCCGGUUGAAGCACCGGUUGAAGCACCUGUUGAGGCACCUGCACCAUCUGAUGAUGAAGUUGAAGCACCAACUGCUGAUUCUCCGGCUGAUUCUCCAGCUGAUUCUCCCGCGGAUUCUCCGGCUGAUGCACCGGGACCUAGUGAUGCUCCGGCAAAGUCUCCACCUGCACCGGAUGCCGAUGGACCGAGUGCUGAUUCGCCUGAUUCAUCGACGAGUUCGGCAGGUGAAGGAAGGAGUGUUGGUUCUUUAAUGGCUGUGGUUAUGAUUAUUGGUAUGGCUUCAUGGUUUGGUAUAUGA